CAUACCUCUCAGAGGUGCUGCUCUGUGUGUGUGUGUGUGCCUGUGUGUUUGCGUGUGUGCUACUGUAACCGAUACAUUAGACUCUGCAAGAUGGCGAUUGUGCGACUCGUGGCUUGUUUUGUUCUGUACACCAGCCUGGAGAGUGAAAAGCCAUUCAUUGUGGGUCACAUGGUGGAGAUGACAUGCCUCAUCAUCAUCAUCAUCAUCAUCAGCAGCAGCAGCAUCAUCACAGUCCAUAAACAGCUGGAGCUUUUUGGGUGGAUCAAUGCAGCUGGUGCCCAGUGAUGUGUUGAAUCCAUCCUGGUGUGCACUUAGUGUCAGGUCACCCUGCUGCUGGGUGAGAACUGGCAGUGGAGCGGGUCAUUUCCAAAUGGCAGACUGCAUCAGUCACAUUCCAUCAUCUCUCGGGGUAAUCCUCCGAACCACAGACAAGAUUGUGUGGGCAAAUGAGUUUGAGCCCAUCGAACUGACCUGUUUAAUAGAGUCCAUCUCAACAAACAACCCGAGGAUUGAAUGGAAAAAGAUUAAGAACGGUGUCCCCAGUUAUGUGUACUUUCAAAACAAGAUAGCAGGGGACUUGGAGCACAGAGCUCAGCUCAGAGAGCCCGCCAACAUCCUGAUUUUCAAUGCCACUCGGUCAGACACUGCAGAGUACCGCUGUGAGGUGGCCGCCAUCGAUGAUCAAAGGGACUUUGAUGAGAUACUUAUUAGUCUUGCAGUUAGAGUGAAGCCCGUGGUACCGCGAUGCAGCGUGCCGGACGCAGUCACAGUCGGAACGUCAACCGAGCUGCGAUGUCUGGAGAACGAGGGCUUCCCUGCUCCUCAGUACCGCUGGUUCCACAACAAUGAGGAGCUUCCUCAGGACCCCAAAAACAGCCCAAAGUUGGUCAAUUCUUCGUACAGCAUCAACCCAGACACCGGAGGCCUGAAAUUUCGAAGGGUGAGGAAGGAGGACGCAGGGGAGUACUACUGUCAGGCAAAGAAUGAUGCGGGACAUGCGCAGUGUCCCCCGCAGAAGAUGGAAGUCUAUGAUGUCGACAUCCUUGGGAUUUUCCUUAAAUCGUUUGGUGCCGUGAUGGUAUUCAUCUGUUUGGCUGCUUCCAUUUGUCAUUCCCUUAAACGUGGAUGCUUCCACAAAAAAGGUCACAAUGAAAAUAACUACAACUGGCCAGCGCAGACCGAACGGGUCGACUACGGCGAUGCAGAUGAGGGUCAUUUUCGCCACAAGUCUUCAUUCAUCAUUUGAUAGCUGAGGCUGACAAUACGAUGGAAUCAAGACAAAAACAAAAAACUCUUGAGGUUAACUUGCAACAAUGAUGCUCGGGAUGGACAGGUUUGAGGUGUAACAUGGCACAUUAUUCUCUGAUGCACAUUAAGAUCAAACCAACACACUUGCCAAAGUAAUUUUAAUAUCAUUUUGUGGCACUGUUUCAUGUUUUUUUUAAUAUAUAUAUAUAUAUAUGUAUAUUAUAAUAUCAUUUUUAGUAUUAAUAACAUUAGUAUUAAUUUUCAAUUAAAACAUUUUUUUAACUCAUUAUUAGGGUUGUUUUCCAGCAUGUACUUAUUAUAAAAUAAAACCAUUUCAAAGCUGUGCAAUUUGAUAUUUGGUCCAUGGUGUCACUGCAAAAGAUGUUGGAGGCUCCAUUCCUUCAAAUUCUCUUUUAUAACUCUUAAACUUUUUACUGAGUACACUGAAAUUGUUUUACUGAACUAAUUUACGGCAUUUUUGUUCAUAAGACAAACAUGUUCUUAAUUUAUUUCACGUUGGGAAGAGUUGAAACUUGUUUUUGUAUAUACUGUAGUUAUACAGGCAAUAAGCAGCAGAGCAUAAAAGGCUGAUGAGCUCACAUUCGUAAGGCACAAUUUAUCAGCCUUUCUUAUAUUUACAAAUGAUAACAAGUAUGUAUGAGUAACCCGUGAAUUUGAAUACCAUAUAUCCCACUAUGCUGCAAAGUCAUUAUGUACUAUAAAGGUGAUGAAGUAUGAUUUUUAGAGUGCUGUUUCUGUGUAUAAGUGACCUUCUGUGCUUUACUAAUUAUUUUAUGAGUAUUGGACAUAUUGUCCAGUUUUGACUCAGUAUUUAAUGUACAUAAAUACAUACAUUUUUUUUAUCUUUUAAUUUUCAUACAUUGCACUCCAUACCUUAUUGUAAAUAUGCAAUACUGUUUAUUGGAAAUAAACCUUCAGUAUUUACUGUUCAGUGUGUAUCUGCAGUGUUGAGCCUGUCGUUUCAAACAUUAGUGUCAAUGAUUUGUGUAACAACUCAGGAACUGUUGUAAAAUGUCUGCUGUUCAUUUGAUAUUAAUGCUGUAUGUUCAUGUUAUUUUGUUACUAUUAAAUACAUUUGAUCUGUU